UGAACGGGCGCGUUCGUUAAGUAACGAGAGGGGGAGACAGAGCGGAGAACAGCCGAUCCCGCUGCCGGAGCUUCUCAGGGACUGUCAACAGGGAGUGCAACCGACGACAGAGCUACGAGCUGGGGGUAUGAGAGCCGCCAGAAUCCGCUCCCAUCCUCCUCCGCCCCGCCACUUGUCCGACUGACAACCACCGGAUCAGAACCUCCACACAAGCAGCUUUUGGACGAACCUAGUAUCGGUGACGCUGCAGUCAUGGAGCUGAGAGUCGGGAACAAGUACCGGCUCGGGCGGAAGAUCGGCAGCGGCUCCUUCGGAGACAUUUACCUUGGCGCCAACAUCGCCACCGGUGAGGAGGUCGCCAUCAAACUGGAGUGUGUGAAGACCAAACACCCCCAGCUGCACAUCGAGAGCAAGUUCUAUAAGAUGAUGCAAGGCGGAGUGGGCAUCCCGUCCAUAAAGUGGUGCGGCGCCGAGGGAGACUACAACGUGAUGGUGAUGGAGCUGCUGGGUCCGAGUCUGGAGGACCUGUUCAACUUCUGCUCCCGGAAGUUCAGCCUGAAGACCGUGCUGCUUUUGGCCGACCAGAUGAUCAGUCGCAUCGAGUACAUCCACUCCAAGAACUUCAUCCAUCGGGACGUGAAGCCCGACAACUUCCUGAUGGGGCUGGGCAAGAAGGGCAACCUGGUCUACAUCAUCGACUUCGGUCUGGCCAAGAAGUACCGCGACGCCCGCACACACCAGCACAUUCCCUACAGGGAGAACAAGAACCUGACGGGCACCGCGCGCUACGCCUCCAUCAACACGCACCUGGGCAUCGAGCAGUCCAGACGCGACGACCUGGAGUCUCUGGGCUACGUGCUCAUGUACUUCAACCUGGGCUCCCUCCCCUGGCAGGGCCUGAAGGCCGCCACCAAGAGGCAGAAGUACGAACGCAUCAGCGAGAAGAAGAUGUCCACGCCCAUCGAGGUGCUCUGCAAAGGCUACCCCUCCGAGUUCUCCACGUACCUCAACUUUUGCCGUUCGCUGCGUUUUGACGACAAGCCUGAUUAUUCUUACCUGCGACAGCUCUUCAGGAACCUCUUUCACAGACAGGGCUUCUCCUACGAUUACGUCUUUGACUGGAACAUGCUUAAAUUCGGCGCCAGUCGGACAGCCGAGGACGAUCGGGAGAGGAGAACGGGGGACGAGAGGGACGAGCGGCUCGCCGGCGCCCCCAGAGGGUCUGCAUCGCGGGGUCUCCCUCCAGGUCCCAACCCCGGAGCCCCCAACCGGGUCCGGAACGGCCCGGAGCAGGCCGUAUCCAACCCAGCGUCACGGGUCCAGCAGUCCGGGAACACGUCACCACGUGCAAUUUCUCGUGCAGAGAGGGAGAGGAAGGUGAGCAUGCGUCUCCACCGCGGGGCCCCCGCCAACGUGUCCUCCUCCGAUCUCACAGCUCGUCACGACCAGUCCAGAAUUUCAACAUCCCAGGUCAGCGUGCCGUUCGAGCACAUGGGGAAGUAGGACUCUGGCUCUGCAUGCACAUGACACUAACAGGGCUGCAAGAUAAAUUUUUUGCUCCUUUCGUUUUUAUGUCUUAUAUGGAAAGAUGUUCGCCACUGGACACAACAAGUCGGUGAAUCUUUGGAGAAUCUUUGGAGGAUCCAGGGAAGUGACACUAAUCCAACAUGCACUCCCUGUCUGUGCUGAACCUGGAUCACUACCACACUAAACCUAAAGCAAAGGACUGGCAGUGCUUCACCCUCGUCAGUCUGCGUGCGCUCAAACCUGCUCCUCAGAACAUUCCCUCUCUUUGACAUUUCUGGCAUCAAAUAAGCAAAACAGCAUCAGGGACAUGCAUGUUUGUUGUCAGAGCCAAUUUGUGAUUGAAUUAGGCUCAGUAACGAUUAUCUUUACUUUUAUCUCAGCAAAAAAAGGUUUCUGUGACUGUUGUCAUCUGGAAUAACAGCGUGUUGUGAGUUUCUUUUGCUUGUUUGAGUGAUGUAACGGCUGCAGGUGGAGCGAUGAGAGGAAGGACCUUUUGAAAAGCAUCAGUAUGUGACAUCGUAGCUGUUUGUUUCUGGCGAAGUGGGAUGUGACGUUCCAUCAUCCACGUCGUGAGGGUUACUUUCUAAUCUCCACAGUGGGUAAGGUGAAGAAUAAACAUGGAUUUUGCAAGGACACACUCCAGGUCUUGAGGGAAGCUCCUCAGGAAAUUCUCAGUAUCUGACCAGAGACCACAGCUGCCGUUCUGGCUAACAAACAGUGGCUGCAGUUUUUAUGAUCGUUCUUAAUCUUUCCUUUUUUAUUCCUUUGUUAGCGGGCGUCCUGUGGCGUGGGUGGGUUCUGAUGGGGGUUUGGUUUUGGGGCAUCCACUUAUUUUAUUGUCUUUUUUUUGUUUACUCCGCUGUAAAUAUACUUUUUUUAUUUUACUGUAAAGACAAAAUGUGGUUGUUUUAAGGUGUAAAGUAGAAAAAUGCAUACUAAAGAUAUUAGUGACUAAACUGAGGAACAGGCUGUCGUGGCUCUGCCAGCUGGGUCAUCGUGUGUGUGUUUGUGUGUGUGUGUGACAGAAGCCCUGCUAAGGACACAACUCCUUUACUUAACUGGCGUACAGAUUCUUUCUGUUCUGUGUUAAACUGUCAACACCUUUCUGUAUUUAUACUUAUUUUUGUGUAACGUCCAUUUAACUUAUUAGCGGCUCCUCGUUUUUUUGCUCGUCUUUUCCUUCUCGCUGUCUGGAUCGUAGAACCUACUGCAACAAUUAUAUCCUAAUAGUUUGAUGUCACCUCUGGAUUUGAACCUCCAGCAAACUUUAAUGAUGUCACUCAGAUGAAAACAUAACUGAUGCAACUGCAGGGUGUGUAAAUAGUGGACUGAUUGUGAAACCUUUGUACAGGCCACGAUGACCCAGUGGCACAGGAGCUGGGCUUGUGGAUGGAAGAGGCUGAAGCCACGGGGAUCUCACUUUACGUAUUGUGUACUGAUAUCUUGUACAGUUCUUUACCACACUUUAUUUACAACAGUAUUUGUGUAUAUUUUAUGAAGAAAUAAAAUGAAUAACGUUGCUCUCA